UUCAAGCAGCUCAAGGGAAGGAAGAUCCUCGUCGGUGCCCCCUGCGCCGCGCUCUCUCUUCAUCUCCUGCGGCCAUGCUGACCAAGUUCGAGUCCAAGAGCAACCGCGUGAAGGGGCUGGCGUUCCACGUGAGCCGGCCCUGGAUCCUCACGUCUCUGCACAACGGCGUGAUCCAGCUAUGGGACUACCGCAUGGGCACGCUGCUGGACCGCUUCGACGAGCACGACGGACCCGUGCGCGGCGUGGACUUCCACCGCACGCAGCCGCUGUUCGUGUCGGGCGGUGACGACUACAAGCUCAAGGUGUGGGACUACAAGCUGCGCCGCUGCCUGUUCACGCUGCUGGGCCACCUGGACUACAUCCGCACGGUGCAGUUCCACCACGAGUACCCGUGGAUCCUCAGCUGCAGUGACGACCAGACCAUCCGCAUCUGGAACUGGCAGUCGCGCUCCUGCGUGUCAAUUCUCACGGGCCACAACCACUACGUCAUGUGCGCGCAGUUCCACCCCAAGGACGACCUCAUCGUGUCCGCGUCGCUGGAUCAGACGGUCAGGGUCUGGGACACCACGGGCCUUCGCAAGAAGACGGUGCGCGGCGCCCCCACGGCCAUGGACGACAUGGUCGGCCCCCCGGCGUCGCGCUCCAACAACCACGACAUCUUCGGUGCGAGCGACGCCAUCGUCAAGUACGUGCUGGAAGGCCACGACCGCGGCGUCAACUGGGCCAGCUUCCACCCGACGCUGCCGCUGAUUGUCUCCGGCGCCGAUGACCGCCAGGUGAAGCUCUGGCGCAUGAAUGAGACCAAGGCCUGGGAGGUGGACACCAUGCGCGGACACACCAACAACAUCUCUGAGGACCGCUCGAUCCGUGUGUGGGACAUCUCCAAGCGCAUGGGACUGCAGACCUUCCGUCGCGAGAACGACCGCUUCUGGAUGCUGGCGGCUCACCCCACGCAGAACCUGCUGGCUGCCGGCCACGACUCCGGUAUGAUUGUCUUCAAGCUGGAGCGUGAGCGUCCGGCCAUGGACAUCCACGAGGGCCGCGCCUACUACGCCAAGGAGCGCUAUGUGCGCAUGUACUCGUUCGAUGACGGCAGCGACGUCCCCGUGGCUGCUGUCCGCCGCACGGGCACUGCCGGUACGGGCAUGGGAAACUUCCCUCGCCACCUCAACUACAACCCGUACGAGCAGAACUCGGGCACCAACAGCGUGCUGAUGACGAGCGACGCCGAGGGUGGCUCGUACGAGUUGGUGACGUUCUCACAGGGCUCAGGCGGCGACACUUCGGAGUCCAGCCGUGGACCUGGUCUCUUUGCCGUGUUCGUGGCUCGCAACCGCUUCGCUGUCCUGGACAAGUCGCGCCACAUCGUGAUCAAGAACUUCCAGAACGAAGUCACCAAGAAGAUCACGCCGCCCAAUGGUACGGCGGACGGCCUGUUCUUCGGCGGUGUCGUGGGCCGCGUGCUGCUUCACAUCGACGACAAGAUGGUGCUUUACGAAACGCAGAGCCGCCGCGUGCUGGCUGAUGUCCAGGCCCCGCGCGUGAAGUACGUGGUAUGGAGCCCCAACUAUGAGUACGUUGCGCUGAUGAGCAAGCACUCGAUUGUGCUGGCCGACAAGCAGCUCAACCACCUGUCGACCAUCACCGAGUCGGUGCGCAUCAAGAGCGGUAUCUGGGCGAACGCUCCGGCCGAGAUCUUCGUGUACACGACGCUGAACCACAUUAAGUACUCGCUUACGAACGGCGACGCUGGUAUUAUCCGUACUCUGGACGUGCCUGUGUACCUCACUCACCUGGAGGGCUCUAAGCUCUACUGCCUCGACCGUGAGGCCAAGAUGCGCACUAUGGCUGUGGACCUGACGGAGUGCGAGUUCAAGAUCGCGCUGAACAAGAAGAACUACACGGAAGUGAUGCGUAUGGUUCGUCACUCGAGACUCUGUGGCCAGGCUAUUAUCUCGUACCUGACCAAGAAGGGCUACCCGGAGGUUGCGUUGCACUUUGUCAACGACGAGAAGACUCGCUUCAAGCUGGCCAUUUCGUGCGGUAACCUGGAGGUGGCUCUGAACUCGGCGUACGAGCUGGAUGACAGCAAGUGUUGGUACCAGCUCGGCGUGGAGGCCCUUCGUCAGGGCAACAUCCAGGUUGUGGAAAUGGCCUACCAGCGCACGAAGAACUUCGAGCGUCUCAGCUUCCUCUACCUGGUGACGGGCAACCGCGACAAGCUCAAGAAGAUGCUCAAGAUCGCCGAAGUGCGCAAUGACAUCAUGGCUCGCUUCCACAACGCGCUUUACCUUGGCGAUGUCGAGGUCCGCGUGAUGACCCUGGAGGCUGCGGGUCAGUUUGGUCUGGCACUGCUCACGGCUGCCACUCACGGUCUCGGUGAACACGUGGAGCGUCUGCGUGCCGUGAUGCAGGAAACGAACCCGGACUUUGAUGUUAACGCUUUCCUGUCGCGCGAGAUGCUGCCGAACCCUACGCUGCUGUCUCCGCCGCCUUGCGUGAGCCGCCUCGAGAACGAGAACUGGGCUCUCGUCGAGAUCAACGAGCCGACGAUCCAGGACCACGCCAUUGCCGCUGAGAAGCGUGAAGCCGAGCGUAGUCUGCAGCCGCAACAGCAGGACGCUGGUCGUCGUUCGAUGGAAGAGCGCCCGGCGCGCAAAUCGUCGAUGGAUUUGGCGCUGGACGCCGCUGGAGACGCCUGGGGUAUGGAUGGCGACCUCGACCUGGAUGAUUCGCUUACAAUCGAUGACCCGUCGCUGGGAAUGGACUCGGCCGCUCUGGAGAACGACUUCGCUGGUCUCAGCACCGAUGCUGGGUUCGUUGCUGCUCCUACGGCUGGCACGAGCCUUGCUGUGCAGUGGGUUCGCAACUCGUCCCUUGCUGCUGACCACGUGGCCGCCGGCUCGUUCCAGACUGCUAUGCAGUUGCUGCACCGCCAGAUCGGCGUCAUCAACUUCGAGCCGCUCAAGCCCGUGUUCAUGCAGGUGUUCUCGGGUGGUGCGGCUUCGUUGCCCACGCAGGGCAACUGCCCGCCCCUGCGCGCAUGGCUGCAGCGCAAUGACGCGAGUCAGCCUGCCGUGGCCGUGUCGUUCGGAGCUCUUGUGGAGGAGCUGAAGCACGCGUACCGUUCUUUCACUGGCGCCAAGUUCGACGACGUGAAGACGCACUGCGAGUCGAUCCUGCACGCGAUCCCGUUCCUAGCUGUGGACUCGAAGGAGGAGGCCGAGAAGGUGAAGGGCUUGCUGACGGUCUGCCGCGAGUACCUGGUGGCUUGCCGCAUCCGUACCGAGGUGGCUUCCGUGCCGCUGGAGGGCAACCCGAAGCGCAACAUCGAGCUGAGCGCGUACUUCACGCACUGCGAGCUGCAGCUGCCGCACCUGGUGCUCACGCUCAAGAUCGCCAUGACGAACGCGUUCAAGGCUGGCAACUUCAUCACGGCGGCGUCGUUCUGCCGGCGGUUGUUGGAGAUCCCGGAGGUGUCGCAGCACCCGCGCCACGAGAAGCUGCGUCUGACCGCCCGCAAGGUGCUGCAGAAGGCCGAAAAGGAGGCCCGCAACGAGCACGCCGUGGACUACCAGGACUCGAAGCCCUUCGUGCUGGACACGCGCAACUUCACGCCGAUCUACCUGGGCGAGCCGGAUGUGCGCUGUCCGUACUGCGCCGCCGCGUACCACCCGGAGUGCAAGGGCACGCUGUGCGAUGUUUGCGGAAUCUCGAAGGUCGGCGAGGAGACCAUCGGCCUGGUCGUCACUGCGGCUCAGUAAGUUAGGAGGACAAGUAUCGGAUACCGGGCAGGUAGACCUUGUGUUGCAGCUGCAGUUGUCCCUAAAACAAUGCGUGGCCCUAUUUUAUUAUCCAGUGGGUCUCAAUUU